GAAGAUCCUCAGAUUCUGACACCCCAGCGAGGAGGGGGCCUUUCUGCGGUGCUGACAGGUGAGGAAACUAUGGCACGUAAGCGGCAAGGCGGGGAUUCCGGUCCCCGGCCUGCAGGUUCGCGUCCCCGCGCGCGGGGCUGCGGUGCCCGCUCCGCAGAGGGGGCACCGAGGCUCCUUGGGGAGGGGGCGACCGAGGCCCCGACCCCACUCCCGCCACCUCUCGCGUGGCCGCCGCUAGAGGCCGCUCCUGGAGCCGCGCGCGUCCUCUCGCGGGUCCGCCCCCCGGGCCUGUUAGACCCGCCCCCGGCCCACAAGGCCCUGCAUGGAGCGGGCCCGGGCGCGGCGCGAUCGAGGUCGGGUCGCUGUCCACCCUGCAGCAUGAGCGCCCCCAGCGCAACCCCCAUCUUCGCGCCCGGCGAGAACUGCAGCCCCGCGUGGGGGGCGGCGCCCGCGGCCUACGACGCGGCGGACACGCACCUGCGCAUCCUGGGCAAGCCGGUGAUGGAGCGCUGGGAGACCCCCUAUAUGCACGCGCUGGCCGCCGCCGCCUCCUCCAAAGGGGGCCGGGUCCUGGAGGUGGGCUUUGGCAUGGCCAUCGCAGCGUCAAAGGUGCAGGAGGGGCCCAUUGAUGAGCAUUGGAUCAUCGAGUGCAAUGACGGCGUCUUCCAGCGGCUCCAGGACUGGGCCCCGCGGCAGAUACACAAGGUCGUCCCCUUGAAAGGCCUGUGGGAGGAUGUGGCACCCACCCUGCCUGACGGUCACUUUGAUGGGAUCCUGUACGACACGUACCCACUCUCGGAGGAGACCUGGCACACACACCAGUUCAACUUCAUCAAGAACCAUGCCUUUCGCCUGCUGAAGCCGGGGGGCGUCCUCACCUACUGCAACCUCACCUCCUGGGGGGAGCUGAUGAAGUCCAAGUACUCAGACAUCACCAUCAUGUUUGAGGAGACGCAGGUGCCCGCGCUGCUGGAGGCUGGCUUCCAGAGGGAGAACAUCAAUACCGAGGUGAUGGCGCUGGUCCCACCGGCCGACUGCCGCUACUACGCCUUCCCACAGAUGAUCACGCCCCUGGUCACCAAGGGCUGAGCCCCCACCCUGGCCCGGCCACACCCAUGCCCUCCUCCGUGCCUUUCUGGCCGGGAGCCCAGGCUGUCGCACCAGCCCCGGGCUGAUCCCAGCUGUGUGUCACCAGCAGCCUUCCCGGCUUCUCUGUGAGGGUCACUGCUGCCCGCUGCGGAGUGCCUGAGGUGAAGUAAACGCCGGCGCUGGGCUUGGCCAGUCGGCA